GAUAUUCAUUCUCCACCCAUGAGAAUGUGCCGCUUCGUCGUCGCACCAAGGCCAUCCUCUCUUCCCAGUGGCCGUGGCUUGACUCACGUUGGGCAGUUGGAAAAUGUCUCUUGCUUGGUGGUGAUGCGCCGACCAGCCAUGCUCUAUUAUUGUUGUGCUGCCAGAAAAAAAAAUAGUGGUACCCUCUUCGCAGUAGCAGCCAACCAGACUAAAAUAGCUUUCGGGUCGGGCAAUCCAUUUCCGUUGUCUCUAUCCUUCUCUUCUUACUAAAACCUGCUUCUCUCUACUCCCCCCUUUCAUGCCACCGUUCGCUGCAGUCUUUUAGUACACAACGCCGCUGGUCCAUUUCCCUCUAUUUUCCUUCGCACCAGCACAUCGAACAGGGUACCGCCCUCUGCUCGCCAUACAGACCAGACACCGACUGAUACCCUCUAGCACAUUCUCAGGAUGCCGCCUCGCAAUCAAGAAACUGUCACACCCGAUAUCGUCCAGUACGAUCCCCGGCACCCGCUCUACAACGGCAACUGGCGGCGGUCAACAAAACCUGAUGUAAGAGAAUUCGCCCGUGACGACUUUGACGAGCCGCACCGCAAGCGACAGAAGGCGAUCCUGGCCAAGCACCCCGAGGUACGGUCGCUCUAUGGCAACGAGCCGCUGACAGCCGUCAUUGGGUUUGGCGCCGUUUCGAUCCAGCUCCUCGCGGCCUACAUGAUCGGCUGCGUGUGGACCGACCUGCAUUGGGCCAUUGUGCUGGCUGUGGCCUACUUGCUUGGCGGAACGGUCUCUGCAUUAUUUGGCGUCAUCAUCCACGAGGCCGGCCACAACCUGAUCUUCAAGAACCCAGUCCUCAAUCGCGCUACCGGACUCAUGAUCAACCUGCCCAUGGUCGUACCUAUUUCGCAGUCGUUCCGCCGGUACCACCUCGAGCACCACCAGUUCCAGGGUGUCGAGGGCAUGGACCCCGACCUGCCGUUGGACGCCGAGAUCCCGCUGAUCCACAACAACCCGAUGCUCAAGACUCUGUGGGUGAUGUGCUACAGCGUCAUGUAUCUUGUGCGCGGCCUGGCUCUGAAGAAGCAGCCGCAGCGCUGGGAGCUGAUAAACUGGGCCUUCACUAUCUGCGCCGACAUCGCCAUUGCCCGCUUCAUGUCGCUGCGCUCGCUCAUGUACCUGCUGGUGUCGGUGUAUUUUGGCUAUGGCCUGCACCCCGGGGCCGCCCAUUUCAUCCAGGAGCACUACAUCUUCCGUGACGGCCAGGAGACGUAUUCAUACUACGGCUCGGGCAAUAUUCUGUACCUGAACAUUGGCCUGCACAACGAGCACCACGACUUCCCACAGAUCCCUUGGACCCGCAUCGUCAAGCUGCGCGAGAUCGCCCACGAGUUCUACGAUCCGCUGUACGCCCACACAUCGUGGUUCGGCGUCAUCUACAACUUUAUCACGUCGCCGAUGCUUGGCCCCCAGGCGCGGCUGGUGCGUACCUACAAGGCCCAUCGCUCGGGUCGUCUCGAAUACAAGGUGCCUGUCGAUGUGCCGGCCACCACUGUCGCUGCAAAGAAGGGCAGCAGCAUCAGCAGCAUCAACAAGAAGAAGCGGCUGUAAGCACUGCCUGUGAUGCCAGCCUGCA